UUUAUGAUAAUAUCUAGAAAAUGUGCCAUUCAAAGGUUCAAUCAGUUAUGGCAUGAACCAUAGUUAUGGUCUGUGGAAUUAAAAUGUAUCUUUGCCAUAACUGGUACCAUUGUGCUUAUGCGAUAUAGCAAUAACUGAUACAUUUGCCAUAACUAGCUCACCUACCCUAGUAAGGCUCCGACAGCUCGAUAAAAAUCUAGGAUACUCAUCAUAAUAUCGACUUCAUGUGAAAAGGAAAAAAUCAUCAACUUUCAACAAGGGUCUCGACAAUAUUUUACCGAUGCCCGAAAAUUUAUGCUACAACCCGAUUAAAAACACUAUAAUUUUUGGGCAAUUGAACUGUCAAACUAUAAUGAGAAGUUCUGUAAAAAUACCAAAUAACAAAUUUUGUUAUUCAAUAAGAGACAAUUCAUUAAACGAACAUAAUUUUCAACAGUUAUAAUCAACUUUUCAACAAGGGCCGGCGUCACAUUAUUUCCCGAGUGGGUAGUGAGCAAUGGUGGGGGAUAAUUCCGUGUGGGUAAGUACCUACAGAGACAUUUUCCGAAUGGGUACCCACACUAACCACAUGAACCGCCGGCUCUGUUUUCAACAUCUAAAAUUUGUGGCUAAAUCAAUGAAAAGGUUCAUCAUUAUGAAGUUUGUGGCAUCCAGCAUUAGCCAAAACGACGGGAGGUUUUAUAUCCGAAAAAUUUAAAGAUUUACAAUAAUCGAUAUCAUAUUUGAAGAUGCGAAAUUCAUCAUUGACAGUCCGAACAUGUCACUUGUGAAAAUAAUUAUAGAGAUCGUGUAAACCGCCGAUUGAUAUGUUUUAUCGUAAUCAGAUUCUUUUCAGUCACCGUUAGUCUAAUUCCCCAAGUCUCUCAAAUCGUUUGUUGUUGCUUAGUAUUAACCAUUUUAAUAUUAUUUAACAAACAGUUAAAACGCACGUGUCCAGAACCCACCCCUAUUUGCGUCAGAAGAAAUUCUGUCCGUGAGAAUGCGUGAAAAUAUCUCAUUUCAUGCAAAGAAAAUAUCUAUCCAGAACCUUUCGCAGAGUCAAUUGUCGUGGUGCUCACCGGGCAGCUCGACAUUGAGACAAAUUCAAAACAGCAAACAAAUUUCGCAGAAACCCGUUUAAACUUGAUGGUUUGCUCAUUUAAGAACUAGAUUAUCAUCGUCCCAUACAGUUUGAUAGUGAAAAGCUGAGCAGCAAGGUUGAUGCCGUGCUUCAACAGAAUACAGAGGUAAUACGUUACUACCAAGAACCUAACAGUUACAUUGACGAUCUAGUCAAAAGAUGCAGAAUAACACCAUUCUGCAGGUUAUUGGACUAGCUGUAAUCGCGUUAAAUGCAGUUGCAGCUUAUUCCAACAAUUCAAACGCUAUCUACACUUGGGAAGGUGGUCGAAUUGAAUGGCCAUGUGCCACAACCAAACGGUUGAUUAAAGCGGCUGCCAAGUAUACACCUCGGGAUCUGAUCGCCACUCGUUGUCAGCGGGUUGAAGGAAAAACAGUUUGUGCAUUUCCGCGUUAUAAAAAUAUUAUACCAAUCACACUGAGUCAAAUUUAUGCUACCAAGAAGGGAUGUGAUGUGAAGUUUGAACCGUUUCCGUGUUGGACAGAACAGGAAGAAGGUAAUUGUGAUGCUCUACAAUCGGUGAUCGACGUUUUCAGUGUGGGAGAAUUCGUGUGGGUUCUGGAUAGUGGUAUAAUACAAACCCUGCGAACACCUGUCCAACAAUGUUCCCCAAAAAUCGUGGUUUAUGAGGGUAAAACCGGGCGAAAAUUAAAAAUGAUUAACCUAGACAGAUUUGUCACGGAGAAAUCAAGACUGCAGUAUCUCCAGGUUGAAUGUUUAAGUGGAGGUCAUUGCUAUGUUUACAUUAGUGAUCCUGGUAAUAAUGUAAUAAUCGUGUAUGACGUUUACGGAGGCCGUGGAUACCGCGUUGUUUUACCAAGAGCGAUUUAUCAUGGUUGUAGACUAAGAGACGUAUUGUAUAUCUUCCUGAUUCAUCAAAGGGAGUGCACCAAACUGUAUUUCAGUUACCUCUGUGGACAACGACUGUUCGCUAUUCGAACAGAACAUUUACGGAAAGGUCAUGGGGGAAACAUCAUAGAUGUUGGGGAAAAGCCAAAUAUACCUAUUUUCGUUGGAACUGAUGCAGGUAGUGGUGUUUUCUUCCGAGAAGAGGGGGACAGUGAUGUUUACUAUUGGAACACAAAUCAAUGUUACAAGAAGUCAAACUUCAAACUGGUUCACAAAAGCACUGGUGGACUCUACGCGACACAUGUAUUUCCUGACUUCCGAGUCAACCGGUUGUUAGUUCUUGAGAAUGAUUUUCCAAGUUAUGUGAAAGAUUAUGCAGGUUGUGGCACGUUGCAUCAAAUUUCUAUUUUAGAUGGGUCGUAUACGUGUGAUUAGUG